CGGAUCAUCAAAAUGGCGAUGUGCCCUGAUCAACACUCUUCCUCGUUCCAUAAAACACAGGGUCGAGGAGAGAGGUCCCUGUUUGCUGAUCAAGAGUUGGUUCGGAUCGACGACGACAACGACGAAGAAGACGAAGAAUAGUGGGAGUUUGAGGUUUCAGGAGAAGUAAGAAAAAUGGAUGAAGAGGAGGGUGGAGGAGGGUUGGGGAGGCUAGGGAAAAAGAAAUUCGUGGAGAAGGGCGAAGUGGACUACAAGACCAAGGCUGGUACGGCUUGGAGCCAUUCCUACCUCAACCAGAAGCCUUGGCACCCUCUGUCCUAUCCCAACCAACGUCGCAAAUGGAUAGCUGAGCAGACCGAUGCUCAACGCGAGCGCCGUGCCGAGGAAGUUGCCAGAGAAUUUGCUCAGGAGCAGGAGUUCUUCCGUCAAACUGCUCUUGUCUCCAAGAAAGAGAAGGAGAAGGUGGAGAUGAUGAAAGCUGUUAGUUUCAUGUAUGUUCGGCCACCGGGUUAUAAUGCAGAAAGUGCCAAAGCUGCAGAGAUUGCGGAUGAGAGGAAAAAGCAGGAACAAAACAAUCCUCAGCAAGAGCCUGCAGAUGGUGCUCCCCCCACAAUGCCGCCUGAUCAUCCAAGUGAAACUAGGAGGAAGCCAAGGCCAAAGGAUGUCUUUGGUCGUGCCUUACCAACAGAGGAAGAAUUUGAAGUAUUGAAAAAUGCUCCACGGCUAGAGACAGGUCUGCCAGCAAGAGUAAAACCAUUUGGGAUUGAAGUCCGUAAUGUGAAAUGUGUAAGAUGUGGAAAAUAUGGUCAUCAAAGUGGUGAUCGCGAAUGCCCAUUGAGAGAUGCAAUAAUGCCUAAUGAAGAAAGCCGAUUGAAGAGAGAUGAUCCCUUGACAGCUAUCUUGGCCCACACUGAAUCUAGCGAGCCUCUAAAGUGGGAGUUGAAACAAAAACCAGGUAUGAGUCCUCCACGAGGGGGCUUCAAGCCAGAUGACCCAAACCAGCAGAUAGUUGCUGAAGACAUAUUUGAUGAAUAUGGGGGGUUCCUCUGUGGAGGAAAUAUCCCCGACCUGCUGACCAACUUCUCAGCAAGCAAAUCUAAGAAACAUUCUAAAACGAAGGGCAAACACAAGAGUCGUUCUUCAGCUUCUGGUAGCAAGUCCAAGAACUGGUCAUCCUCACCCAAUCCUGACAUGGAGAAAUCAAAGAAAAAGAAAGCAAAAGAGAAGUUACAUAGGAAGAAGAGACAUCAUUCUGAUACAAGCUCUUCAGUCAACUCUGAGUCUGAUAGACAUGAUAGAAGGAAAAGUCGACAUUCUGUCUCAGAUUCAACUGACAACUUCGACUCAGACACACACAAUGAAAGUAGAAAACGCCGGGGUUCUAUUUCAAGCUCAUCUGACAAUACUGAUCAUGGAAGGCAUCAUAAAAGUCGAAAGCGGCGUGACCCUGAAUCAGGUUCAUCUGACAAUUCUGAGUCUGAUAGGCAUCAUAGGAGUAGUAGUAAACGCAACUACAGUCAUCAUGGUCAUCAUCAUCAUCGCCACCGUCACUCUGGUACAACUCGAGCUGAUUAGUGCUAGAUUGCAUUGGGUAGUGGUUUGUACAUGAUUUACCAUGCUCCAUGUCAAGUGCAUCCUCGAGUCUAUUUCUUUUCUAUCUUGUUCUGCUUGAGUAGAGGAAGAAAAACAGUUUCAUAAUCAGCUUUUUCCAUGAAGCUUGUUUGGGCCUCCCAUGGUAUUAAAGCACAUUUAUUUAUAUGAUUUCCACCUAGAAGUAUAUUCAGUAAGAUUCCUUAAUCCUUGAUUUAUUUCUAAAGCCUUGUUUAUGCAUUUUCAUUUAUUUGUGGGUGUGAAAUCGGUUUUAGUGCUUAAGUCACCUUUGUCCUAGCUUCAUUGUAUCUUGACGAUGUUACUAAACGCAUUACUGCACAUCUUUUUCCCUUUCUCUUUAUCUGUAUGUAACUUUUUUUCUGUAAAUUCUAGUGAACCGUAUGAACAAUCAUUUCUA